CAGAGCAUUCUGAGGGAUAUGCCAAUGGUAUGGCAUCCUCGUCUGUAGUGUCAAGCAGGGCAGAGUCGUCGCGAAGAUCAUUGGUCUCUAGCCGUCCGUCCUCCGUGGAUCCUAUGGAUAUCAUAGGCGACAACGACGUAGAGUAUAUGGUCAAUGGCAAGCCUUUGCCAACGCUGGCCGGGCAUAUCAUUGUCAGAUGGGAAAACUAUGUCUAUUUUGCUAAGCAACGUCCACUGGCAUAUCACCUGGCAAAAGAUCUUCCCCAUUCAUUGGAAGAUCGUAUGAACUCUAUGAGCGACGACUUCAGGAAUUCUGACAAUGCUCGUAUCAUCUUCGAAGAAGCUAUACAGCAAAAUACAGACGACGAACCUGAUGCGCCACGUAUACAGAUUUAUAACGAAGUAGACGAGGAAGCCACCCCGCCUUGGGAGUUUCAUUACACGAAUCGAAUGUGGUAUGGGAAAGGAAUCCCCCCACCAGAUGUCAAGAAUCUGGCUAGCUGCAACUGUCGAGGAAAGUGUAACCCUAAGUCUCGGAGCUGUGUGUGCCUGAAGAGACAACGACAAUGGUUGGACAAAUAUGUAGAAGGAGGGAGUCUCGAUAAGAAGGACGCGAUGGGAUUCCUAUACGAUGAGAAAGGACGUUUGCGGAUGCAAGACUUCCCGAUUUUCGAGUGUAACAAAUUUUGCGGGUGCGAUGAUGAGUGUACGAAUAGGGUCGUUCAAAACGGGAGAAAAUGCACUGUCAAUAUCGUAAAGACAGAAAACAAGGGAUGGGGCGUCUUUGCAUGGACUAAGAAGAUUCCGAAAGGGAGUUACAUCGGGAUCUAUGCUGGAGAGCUGUUGACCGAACAAGAAGGCGAGAUUCGGGGGAAGGUCUACAACAAAAUUGGCAGAACAUAUCUCUUUGAUGUAGAUUUUUCUCACCUGAAAGGUCUCUUCGGCACGAGCGAUGAAGAGCCUGAGUGGGAGAAUCGCUAUGUGGUGGAUGCCUUCCACGCGGGGAAUUUUACUCGCUUUCUCAACCACAGCUGCAAUCCGAACUGCACCAUAGUUGCCUGUUAUAUCAACGAGGCCAACAUCGACAAGCCGUUGCUUACGGUAUUCACGAGUCGAGACGUUGAGCCUUACGAAGAACUCUGCUUCUCAUACGCGGGAAUUGAUGAUGAGGAUCCUAGUAAAGCGGAAGUCAAACGCGAUGCUGUAUAUGGUCGAUGUUAUUGUGGUGCUAUAGGAUGUAGAGGCCAGAUGUUCGCUUGAUCUUUGAUUGUCCAUCAACGUUUGCAAGUAACCCUAGCUCUUUUCCCCUGGACCCUCCCGACAGGAGGAGCGCUCAGACGGUUAAGUAUUUGAACCUAUCUGGCGGGUUAAUUUUCCCUGGCCGGCGAUGGCAAGUUUGAUGGGACUCUGGAUCAUUACUGUUGAUGCUGCGAAUUUCUCACAGCAUAAUUACAUCGAAACAAGAAUGAAUGUGCAUAAAAUUAGCAUU